AGAAAAUGACAUGCCCAAGAUCUUGUAUUUAUUCCGUUUCUCCUCGGUCUGCCAAUUCAUCCGAUCUCCCCAUCUCUCUCUACCGCUCAUCUCUCGGCCAGACAGUGGUACGCUAUAUCCUAUGCUCUCCGUUUCCAGCUCCUCUUCCCCUUAGUUGGACGCAGCCGUUCUUCUAAUAUCCCGAGGAUUGGCUUUGAGCUGCCAAGAAAUGGAUGGGGAUGCAUUUUCUGGGGCACAGAUAGAUGGGAGGGUAUUGCAGACAUUUCAGAAAAGUUUUGUGCAAGUUCAAAAUAUUUUGGAUCAUAAUAGGCUGCUGAUUAGUGAGAUUAAUCAGAACCAUGAGUCCAAAACCCCGGAUAAUUUGACCCGAAAUGUCGGUCUGAUUAAGGAACUAAACAACAACAUCAGAAAGGUUGUCGAUCUCUACGCCGAUCUAUCGACCUCCUUCUCUAUAUCCAUGGAUGCUUCUUCCGAAGGCGACUCAAGCGGUCACAAGAGGCACAGGCCUUACUAGAGUGGCAAGACUUAAUUUUUUAUGGGAAAAGAAAUCAUAGAUAUAUUGUAGUGUGAUUAAUUCUUUUUCCUAAUCAAUGUCACUGCUACAAAUAAUUCUUCAAAAAAGGAAAGAACUCUGCUGUUGUUAAUGUGUAUGCAGAUGUAUGUACUUGGAGGAAGAAUGUUUGUAACUUUGUAUCUUCUGAUCUCCUGUUCUAGUUGUUCUUAUGAUGGACAAUUUAUUGCCAUUGGUAUAAUUUCUGAGGCUAUUAAAAUUGGAAUAAUGUGCAAAUUUUCAAUGCAUUAAUUGAUAAUGUUGGUUUUCUCUUCUAAA